AUGCCAGAAAUGACAAUAACCGACAUUACUGCAGAUAGACAAAGAUUAAUAUACUCUGGUAAAGUGUUAAAAGAUGAUGAUACACUUGAAACCUGUAAAAUUGCUGAGGGACACACAGUUCACAUGGUGAGAAGUUUAGCUCGUGGUGGGGGGAAUUUUGGUACUAAUACUAAUAAUUCAUUUAGUGGUGGUGGUAAUAAUAGUAUACCAAACUGGAAUCAGACGGAAAAUAUUCUUAAUAACUCUGCUUUAAUGCAGUACAUUGUACAAUUAAUGCAAGAUCCUCAAUUCACAGAUAAUGUAAUUGCUAUGAAUCCACAACUUGCAAGCAUGGCACCUCAACUUAGGCAGGUAACACAAGAUCCUGAAUUUCAUUCUUUAUUAUCAAAUCCAGAAUCAAUUCGUCGUACAGCAACUUUAAGUUCAUUAAUGGGUAACCCUGGAAGUUAUGGUCCAAGUAUGCUUCCUACAAAUCCUUCCACAAUGAAUCCUACAACUGACACAACAAAUACACCAUCGACCAAUAAUAAUGAUAAUAACGUUCCACCACAAACAACUAUCCCACAACAACCCGAAGAAAGAUUUCAAGUUCAAUUACAACAAUUGAACGAUAUGGGUUUUUGGGAUGCACAGAAAAAUAUUCGCGCAUUAUUAGCUUCUGGUGGAAAUAGUAUUAAAGAGAUCCAUGAAAACUGGGGCGAUUAUAGCAAAGAAUGA